AUGAAUUUGGAAAAAGCCUUUUAUUGGUAUCAAAAAGUAGCAGAAAGCAAUGAGGACAAUUCUGAAAAUGAAGUUGAAUUAUGUAGUGAAUGUAAACAGCCAUAUAUUGAUUACCAGUGGUGCCAAAAAUGUAAUACUAAACGAUUUCAACAAGAUUUUUCAAAAUGGACUAGUAAAAAUGAAUUUGUUGAUAAAUUUAUUCAAGAAGCACAAUUAAGUGCUAGAAAUGGUUAUGAAAUUUUAGAGUGGAUACCAUAUGAUAGAUUGUCAGAUGUUAAUUAUUAUGACAAAGGAGGAUUCAGUGAAAUUCAUAAAGCUAUCUGGUUAGAUGGACCUAUUUAUAGUUGGAAUUUUGAAAAACAACAAUGGAAUAGAUGUAAUUUUCAAACAGGUUAUGAGGUUAUUCUUAAAAUACUUAAUAAUUCAUCAAAUUUAAAUAAUAAAUUUCUGGAUGAGUGGAAAUAUCAUUAUAAUUGUCAGAAGAA